AUGAUCAAGGUAUCGCCCCUGCCAGUUUGUACCCCUCCCAUAUCAGUGGAAUUCAAAGAAAACAACAAUAUUGGUGAUGUUGUGGCAACAAUCAUUACUGAACCUGGGGUGGAAGUUUCUCUUGUCAGCACUGAACAACCAUUUAAGAUUGAAGUAAACCAGCUGAUAGCUACGCAACAACUGGACCGGGAGGACCACACCAUUGUUGUAAUUGUGACAGAUGUAAACGACAACUCUCCCAAGUUUGCAAAGAAUUUGUAUGAGGCCAAUGUCGAUGAGAUGUCUCCUAUCGACAAAACUGUUGGUAGCUACCAAGCAACGGACCUUGAUGGAACUUCUAUCUUCUAUACGCUGACACCUGAAUCUCCUCUCUUUAAACUGAAGUCACAGACUGUCCCAGAAAUACUAGUCAGCGGACUUCUUAAUUAUGACAAAGUCAAAACUGUCCAACUGACACUGGAAGCUCGAGAUACUCAAGAGAUUUCUCCACCAGAAGGCCCAUCCUUCACUGCUACCACAACCAUUGUGAUCACCAUAAUAGACAUUGAUAACAAACCUCCAUGGUUCAGACCUUGUACUCCGUAUGAAGUGGGUGAAAUUGUGGUUUGCCAGAAUACAGGUUACACUGGUAAAAUUCAUUUAAAUGAACAAGAGACUGGGGCGUUGCCUUUGGAUCCUGCCUCUCUUCAUGCUAUUGAUGGAGACUUUGGAAUAAAUGAAGAGAUUACAUAUUCCUUCCUUAGUGGAAAUGAGGAUGGACUCUUUGCGAUCAACUCAAACACAGGAAACAUCACCAUGCAGAGAAAAGCAGAUGCGUUGGGUCCAAUCGUGCUGACAGUUCUGGCUGCUCAGAAGAUAAACACUAAUCAGUUUGCAACAACCACCGUGACAAUCUCUGUCCUGGUGAAGAGCCUUCAUAGACCAAAAUUCGAAAAGCCUUUAUAUGAAGGCCUCAUCAGUUCAGUUGGCUCUAUGGCAAUGGACCGGAAUAACAAAGACCAGCCAUUACGGGUCUUGGCUUUAGAUGAAGACUACGCUGGCACUGGGGGAGUUAACCCCAACAUCAAAUAUUCCGUCCAAGAUAAUAGUGACUUUGAUUUUGUUGGUGACUUUUUGUUCUUGAUAAAGGAUCAGCCAGAUGGCAUGUAUUCACUUGUGAUUGUGGCGACGGACACAUCUAAUGACGAAACGCAUACAUCACAGCUCCAAGUUGAAGUGACAUCAGGUUUCACCACUACCACUACCACUUUGCCUCAGAGCACUACAGGCUUUGAGAGCACGACAAAGAGCUCUACAAAGAGCACUACAAAGGGCACUACAUCUGUAGACGAAACCACCAGUGAAGUCAAGCCGACCACGGUUCCCAUUGUGUCAACAGCUGACACUUCAGCCACCAUCGUCACUGCUAGUGCAACAUCAGGAGUCUCAACAAGUCGCCCAGUGGCCCCAUCCGGUGGGUUCAGGUCGGUGGACAUGGCUGUGCUGGGAGCAACCUUAGGGGUCCUUUUGUUUCUUUGUCUGCUGGUCAUUGGGCUGCUUGUUUAUCGCAUGCAGAAAGGAAAAGCAGCCUGGAAGAAGAUUCAAGAAGCCAGUUUGUUUCGAAGCUCUCUGGCUCAAAGUUCAAGUGGGCAAAAAGAGGGAAUUCAAUACACCAAUGAGGCUUUCCAAAAAGACGAUGAUGACAGAAGCAGCAUGGGCUCUGGUGGUCCAGAGAGAAGAAGCAUAACAACUAGUAGAGAACCUCCAGUGCAGCUAUGGAACAUUCCCCCCAAAGACGAGAUCCAAAGCACUUCAUCAGGACUACGCAACCAACUUCCUGACGACACCAGCGACACCAGCUCAAACAGGGCUGACGACGAAAAGGAGGUGAAACCUAUCCUGACUAAGGAAAGAAAAGUGGAAGAGGGAUACAAGUCUGUCUGGUUUAAAGAGGACAUUGAUCCCAACGCCAAGGAGGAAGUAGUCAUCAUACCAGAAAACGCAGAUGAAGAAAGUGAUGAGGAAGAUGAGAAGCCAAAUCAGCGAAAAUCGCCAAAGGUUCUCUUUGCUGACCCAGACCUGGAUAGUGGUCUUGGGGUGAAGUUUGAUGAUCCAGCAAAUGAUUCCGAGAGUGACAAUGAAUUUAAUAUUGAUCUGUGACAAAGUCCUGGUGAUUAUGUACAGUAAUUACAGAAACAAUCCACAAUAAAACUGAAGUUAGCUUUUAAACAUAAAAGUGUUAAUCUUUUCAGUCUGAGAUUCAGUAUCUACAA